AUUUCAUUAAGAAACAUGCUUAACAAGGCUAGAAUGAAGUUUGUCGGGGUUGUCGAGAAAUGAAGCUAUAGAACGCCUAUAACGUUCAAGUCAGUGCCCAAAGUCAGGUGCAUCAGUUUCAUCAACGGAACUUUUGUAAUUGGCUUGGCUAUCAUGUUGGCAAUAUACGGAGGUAUCUUGUCUAAAUAAAUUGAUUGGACGCAAUGAAUGGAAAUUCAACCAGAACAUUAAGAAGACCAGCCUCAAAGAAGAUCCUAAUCCAACUAAUAUUACUGAGUAUGACGGAAUAGAAUUUAAAAUUUCAUAUGUGAAUGAUGUAACAGAUUUUCCUGUACCUCUAGAAGACGUCCUUUGGGUUAUAGACCAUUUUGUGGACUACAUUGAAGUAAACACGACUGGAGAGUAUUACCUUGAAAGAGCCAGACCUACUGAAUGCUCUGAGUCAAUUAAAGAUAUUGUUACCGGAGAGAUAUUAUGGGAAGGAUGAUUCACUCUUAAUAACAAAGAGUUGGCAGGAUCUUUCAAUGGAGAUGCUAUGAUAAAAACCAUAGCGAUGAUGAAUUCAAUCUGUUUUACAAAAACCAAUCAUUUGUGAGAUAAUAGAUAUUUAUUAAAUCAGGCACUAGUAUCUAUAAAAUCUGUCAUCUCUGUGAAAUCUAAGUACGUAGAUCUAAACGAUUUUGAUAACCCAAUCAAAGAAUACACGGAAACUUUGUUUGAUAUUCCAUUUCACCCGUUUACUUUUAACUAUGGAAGUAUCUUUAUUGAGAAGCAGGAGGUAACUUUAGAUGAUUCUAUAUUCUCUCCAUUCUUUGAACCUAAACAGAUUAAGUUUAGCAAAGUUGCUAACAGAGAAAAGCACCAAAUCUUCAGUAGAGUUUUGGACGUAUUAGAGGGGUAUCCAAUCUUAGGAUAUCGUAUGUUGAUAAGGCUAAGUGAUGAAACUGUUCAAUACUCAAGACAGGCAUUCACUUUUCUUGAGUUAACUGGAACACUAGGAGGAAUUUUCGAAGUCUGUAAAGUUUCUCUUUCUUUCUUGUUUGGACUAGCUUACUCAUACUUCUCUAAGAAAUCACUAGCUAAUGAAAUUAAGAAGAACAUGAGUAUGAUUGUGGAAACCCAAAAGGAACUCCAAGCUCUGAAGGAAAAGGUCCAGAACCCUUGACCACCAUCACAUAAAGAGGAGGAAAGCAAAGUCAUAAACAUCAAUCAAGAGGAGGAAAAAGUAGAAGAUAAUAAAGAGGAAGAGCUUCUUGUUCCACCUCAAAUAAAAGAGUUCAGAAAUAAUAGCAUGUCUAUCAAAAUGAUUGAAGAAAGGAAAAGACAGCAUUUUGAAAUUGAACCAACCAUACAGAGGUCCAAGUCAAAUCAUUUAGCUAAGCAUGAUAUUUCUGACCCAACAGGAAUUGUGGCGAUCAAAUAGCCAAACUAAAGAGAUCUUAAAGGAGUUUGAAGAGCAGACUGACUGUCUCAACAUUUUAUUCAGGAUUCAAUCAUUAGAAGCCAAAGUUAGUUAUCUCCUUUACAAAGAUCCUGAGUAUAAUUCAAAAUACUGUCAAACUCCUUCCCAGCCACCUUCCCAGCCAUCUUUCCAGCCAAUCCAAUCUGCUAGCCUUCAAAAGAUUCCGACCAUGGCGCCUAUCGAUCCACCCAAGCUUAGCUUGAAGCGCUUGGUCCACAGACUCAGGAAGUAUCAAGUUUAUAAUGAAGAAGAGUUUUUGUAG